UCCGGAUACCCUGGAGGUCACUGUGUAUCAGUUCUUAGAAACCAUCCUCACGUUUUAUGAGACGGCGCGUUCACUUAUAAGCACUCCACGGUUUUAUUUAACUCACUGAAGCAACCGUUUUGAAGCUGGCACAUUAACAGCUCACUUGCUGCAAUCAGACCGAGUUCAAAUCCUCACUCCCUCACUUACUUACAGAACGUUUCAUCUUGAGUGAGCCAUCUACCAUCUUUGUGUCUUACUCUUCUAAUCUGUAAAAUGAGGAUGUUGAAAAAACAACACACAACUCAUUAGGCUUUAGGAGCAAUACAUCAAUUAAUACGUUAAAACGCUUAUGAUAGUACAUGGUGCAUAGGAAGCCCGCAACUUAAAUAAAAAGCGUGGUGGGUGAGAAUGAUGGUGAUGUGUAGCAGCUUCGAGUGAAUGUCGGGGAAAACCCUGUGGUGACACAAAACACAAGGGCCCCGGCGUCCGGGAGGAGCCCGACCGGAGUCACGGAAGGUAGAGGGUAGCGUUGAGAGUACUAAGUGGCUCAACGAAGCAUUUGAGAUAGGGAAGCACAUUCCCAACCAGACACCUGGGAAGGACGCCCUCGCUCUUCAGUCUCCGAGCAACAGAGCAGUGCAGGGUCGUCGUCUUCUGCAGCCUAGUGGGUGCGCGUCUGCAGCUCUCCAGGCUUGCGACGCCUUAGUCUCCGCGCACUGAGGGAGGAGGAGCAGUGGCAGAGAGAACCAGCACGUCUGGGGCUGGGCCAGGACGGGGACGGGGCGGGGCCGCAGCCGUGGCGCCAAAAAGCGAACAUGGCGCCGGAGCGGCUGCGGAGUAGGGUGCUCUCUGCCUUCAAGCUGCGCGGCUUGCUGCUCCGGGGUGAAGCUAUUAAGUACCUCACAGAAGCUCUUCAGUCUAUCAAUGAAGUAGAGCUUGAAGAUGCACUGGAAAAGAUCAUUGAUGCAGUUGAAAAGCAACCCUUGUCAUCAAACAUGAUCGAACGGUCCGUAGUGGAAGCAGCAGUCCAGGAAUGCAGUCAGUCAGUAGAUGAAACUGUAGAACAUAUUUUCAAUAUCAUAGGAGCAUUUGAUAUCCCACGCCUUGUGUACAAUUCAGAAAGAAAAAAAUUUCUUCCUUUAUUAAUGACCAACCACCCUGCACCAAAUUUAUUUGGGACAGCAAGAGAUAAAGCAGAGCUGUUUCAUGAACGAUACACAAUUUUGCACCAGAGGACCCACAGACAUGAAUUAUUUACUCCUCCAGUGAUAGGUUCUCACCCUGAUGAAAGCGGAAGCAAAUUCCAGCUUAAGACAGUAGAAACCCUAUUGGGCAGUACAACCAAGAUCGGAGAUGUGAUUAUUCUUGGAAUGAUAACCCAGUUAAAAGAGGGAAAAUUUUUUCUGGAAGAUCCUACAGGAACAGUACAACUGGAUCUUAGUAAAGCUCAGUUCCAUAGCGGUUUAUACACAGAGUCAUGCUUUGUCUUAGCAGAGGGUUGGUUUGAAGAUCAGGUGUUUCAUGUCAAUGCCUUUGGAUUUCCACCCACUGAACCCUCUAGUACUACUAGGGCAUACUAUGGAAAUAUUAAUUUUUUUGGAGGGCCUUCUAAUACAUCUGUGAAGACUUCUGCAAAACUAAAACAACUAGAGGAUGAGAAUAAAGAUGCCAUGUUUGUGUUUAUAUCUGAUGUUUGGUUGGACCAAGUAGAAGUAUUGGAAAAACUUCACACCAUGUUUUCUGGUUAUUCACCAGCACCUCCAACUUGCUUUAUUCUAUGUGGCAAUUUUUCAUCCGUACCAUAUGGAAAAAAUCAGGUUCAAGCUUUGAAAGAUUCCCUAAAAACUUUGGCAGAUAUAAUAUGUGAAUACCCAAAUAUUCACCAAAGUAGUCGAUUUGUGUUUGUACCUGGUCCAGAGGAUCCUGGAUUUGGUUCCAUCUUACCAAGGCCACCAUUUGCUGAAAGCAUCACUAAUGAAUUCAGACAAAGAGUACCAUUUUCAGUUUUUACUACUAAUCCUUGCAGAAUUCAGUAUUGUACACAAGAAAUUAUUGUCUUUCGUGAAGACUUAGUGAAUAAAAUGUGCAGAAACUGUGUCCGUUUUCCCAGUAGCAAUUUGGAUAUUCCUAAUCAUUUUGUAAAGACUAUCUUAUCCCAAGGACACCUGACUCCUCUCCCUCUUUAUGUCUGCCCGGUGUAUUGGGCGUAUGACUAUGCUCUGAGAGUGUACCCUGUGCCUGACUUACUUGUCAUCGCAGACAAAUACGAUCCUUUUACUUUGACCAAUACCGAAUGCCUCUGCAUAAACCCUGGCUCUUUUCCAAGAAGUGGAUUUUCAUUCAAAGUUUUUUAUCCUUCCAGUAAGAUAGUAGAAGAUAGCAAACUCCAAGGUUUUUGAGAUUCUUAAAGACCAUCUGAAGAAACAGAAUUCAUCAAUUUUCUGCUUAAUUUUAAUUGUAUAUUUUAUGUAAUUUUGAUAUUAAGUUAAAAUAAAAUUAUGGUAAACUUUA